CGGUCUGUGCUCUGACCGGACCCAGUCAGAAUGAAAUCAAACACCCCUUAUGACCGAAACAAAUGCAACGUUCUUCUCCUUAAUCUUAAAUUCAGAUAUCAUUUUUGAGAUGGGCAUCAAUUCUUCAAACUGUAUAGCUCGUUGCCUUAUAAACUCUCGAAUUUUAUCUGCGGGAUCUUAGAUUUGAUUUCCGUUUCCUUCAAUAUCUACCAAAGUCAGAAAAAAAAAUGUCGUCCAUUAAAGAGUUUGCACACCUUAGAGUUUCCCUAGAAGCUAUAAAAUUGGCAACGAAUAACUUUGAUAGCAGCAACUACAUCAGUGAAGGUGGAUUUGGUAAAGUUUACAAAGGAGAACUCGUUCACUUUGGUGAGAAGGUUAUGGUUGCAGCCAAACGCUUAAAUAAAAAACAUGGACAAGGGACCCCUGAGUUUUGGAAAGAGAUCAUGAUGCUUUCCCGUUACAGACAUGAAAAUCUGGUCAAUCUCUUGGGAUUUUGUGAUGAGGGUGGUGAGAAUAUCCUUGUGUAUGAGUAUCUACCGAAUCAAAGUCUCGACAAAUACCUUAGUAGCUCUAAUCUGUCAUGGAUCCAACGCCUAAACAUAUGCAUUGGGGCAGCUUGUGGGCUAGAGUAUCUUCAGAAUCCGGAUGAGACUACACAAAGAGUGCUACACCGUGAUAUUAAAAGCUCCAACAUACUCUUAGAUAAAAGUUGGAAUGCCAAAAUUUCAGAUUUUGGUCUUUCCAAACUCGGACCUGCUAACCAAGAAUUCACAUUUGUUAUCACCCAUGCAGUAGGGACUCCUGGGUAUUGUGAUCCACUUUACGGGGAUACUGGAUUCUUGACAAAAGAAUCUGAUGUCUAUUCCUUUGGGGUGGUUUUAUUCGAAGUCUUGUGUGGAAGGCUUUCCGUAGCGAAUUACAAUGACAAUCGCCGGUUUUUGCCGAAACUGGCACAAAGCUGCUAUGAAGAAAAGAAGCUGCAGACAAUUGUACUUGAUUGUCUACAAGAGCAAAUAUUCCCAGAUUGUUUGGAAAUAUUCUCCAGAAUUGCAUAUCAAUGUCUUCGAAGAGAUCGUAAUGAACGUCCACUGGUAGCUGAGAUAGUAAAACAACUUAAAGAUGCCCUUAAAUGUCAAGUGGAAUAUAUGGUCGAGAAGGAAAAGAAGUUUAUAUUCAAAGCAUCAUUUUAUGCUGAGGUAAAUUUGCAUAUGCAUGAUAAGCUAGAACAGAUAUCUACUAAUGUUAAAGAAGACCCGAUCAUUCGCCCUGGUGAUAUGUGGGAUGAGGAGUUGAAAACAUACGAUGGUACAGAUCCUAAGAAGCCUGUUCUUAUGGCGAUCAAAGGUCAGAUAUAUGAUGUAUCAUCAUCCAGGAUGUUUUAUGGAGCAGGUGGUACUUAUGGGGAGUGGAGUGGGAAAGAUGCCAGUAGAGCCAUUGCAAAACUCAGCUUUGAAGAGGAAGAUUUGAACAGCGAUCUCACUGGUUUAGGGAAGGCUGAGCUGGAGGCCUUAGAUGAUUGGGAAAUCAUGUUCAGGAGUAAGUAUGUUAAGGUUGGAUCCAUCAAAGAUCUAAACAAAAAUCUCCCUGCUUGGAUCUAUCAAAUAUUCAAAGAGAAAUCUGACUACUAUAAAAACUCACAUAGAACACGCCAUAUAGAACCCCGUUUUUGGGAAAAUCAGGUUUUAUUAUAUUGAAACCAGGUUUCAUCCAAAGGUGAGUUAUAUGAUCCGGCUUAAAGUAAGGAACUGGGCUAUUGACUGAACUUAGCAAUGCAACCAGGUCUUUUUUCCGGGUUUUUGCGAAUAAAACCGUGUUUGGAUCCGUUUUAAAUCCAAAGAAAAAUAUGCCUGGUUGGAAAUCUCACUGGUCUUGGAAAGCACGAGCUUCAGGCCUUACAAAAUUGGGAAGACACGAUUAAGUAUGUUAUUAUUGGGGAUGGAUUCAUUUUAAGGCUAUUGGUGGCAGGUAGAACACCGACCCACUUAGCCCGUGGCCCUUGAAAAAUCGACCACCACCGGUCUUGGCAACCAGUUUUUUUCUCUUCUCUCCUAGCCGGCUUCUUCUACAUUCCUGUUGUAGCUUUUGCGUUAGGUGUCAAUUGUUCUUGAUAACUUAGAAAAUUAUUUUAUCUCUUGGUG